CGAUGCGCGUUCAGUAGGAGGAGAUAUUCCCGUCGACUACAAGACGCUGAUAUGCCGAUUCCGUCUCUCAAAGGUAAACCAGACACUUACAUACGCACUUGUUGCACGUAACGAAAAACUGUUGCACGUAAAAGGAAACCAAUGCAGCCUCGGGCAUGAGAGAGUAGGCUUUUGUUUCCUUUCAGAGCCGGAGUUUCCGUGUAGGCUUUCUAGUCACAACGCGAAUUCUUGUAUAACAUUUUUUCCCCUUCUAUAAAAAAUACGGUACGCCUUUGACGUAUUCUCGAAAAGAAAAAGUAUCAUGCGUGGCUUCACAGUCAGGAGUAAAGACGGGGGACUCAUGAACUCCACCCGGCCCCACUUCGCCAACCUUCAAAAUCUCAAAUUGCGGCUUUCUCGCGAAGCCACGAACGUAAUAAAUCACCCGGAUUACCCCUCCCCCUCCACCAUCAAAACCCUAUUUCCGGCGGGCCUCGUACUGGGUGCUGGCGAUGGCCGACGGCGUCCUCUCGUCUGCCGUCCACCCGAACGGGCACUCCCCGGAGUUCGUCUUCAGGCAGUACCGCGGCCGCCGCGCCGGCAUUGUGAAGGCCCUCACCGAAGAUGUGGAGGAGUUCUACGAGCAGUGCGACCCUGACGAGAAGGCCUUGUGCCUCUUUGGACUGCCUGAUGGGACCUGGGAAGUGAGUCAACUACCUGAGGAGAUCCCUGUUCAACUUCCUGAGCCAGUAUGUGGGAUAAACUUUGCUCGUGAUGUUACACCCAAGAAAGUUUGGCUAUCUAUGAUAGCUAUUCAUAGUGAUGCAUGGUUAAUGUCCAUAGCAUUUUACCAUGCGGGUCGUGUCUCAUUUGACAGAGUUGGCAGGGAACAGCUCUUCAGGUUGAUCAAUCGUCUUCCCACUGUCUAUGAAGCUGUGACAGGAAGCUAUGAGAGGCAAGCACAGACCGCCAACGGCAGCAGGAAAAAUAAGUCCAGCUCCCAGCCACCAAACCAAUUCACUUCUAACUGCAAGCCGGUGACACCGGCCCUGCCGACGCCCAAGGAAGAUAACUACGCCGAUUUUAACAGCUGGACGGUAAUGGAGGACCGGCCAAUGCUCAAGGAAGAGGAUGGUGGCAAAGAGGGUGGAGGCGGCGAGGAUCAAGCUAUAACCAAGUGUGCCGGUUGCAAGGAGAUCUACAGCGCUAACGACGGGCACCUAUGGAUUGGCUGCGACCACUGUCAGAGGUGGUUCCACGGCAAGUGUGUCGGCGUGACUGCUGAGAUGGCGAGCCGAAUCGAGGACUACAUGUGCCCUGGUUGCAGCUACAAAGCCACGACAAAAGCUUCUGACUCAAUAUAGCGGUGACGAUGAAAGCUUCCGACUCGUGAUGGUGGUGACUGGUGAUGCUUGUUGAACCAUGGGAAAUUCUCUCAUUUCCCAACGAUGCUGUUUGCUCCACUGUUGCGUUAGCUUGGUGACAUGUUAGGAUUUUGGCUGGUGAUGGGGACAGGAGGUGGAUUUGUACAGGCCGUUGGCUCGGGUUCAAACAUCCGAAUGUGGUGCUCCUUUUUUUGAGUUCUGAGACCGUUUCAAAUCAAAAUCAUCUGAGGGGACAUAGUA